CAUUGGGUACAUUUCAAGUGGAUUUGCACAGUGAUUCUGUGUGUCUUGCCAUCGGCAGUGUUUACUGUGUGGAAUACAAUAAUAAUGUGAAAGACUGUUGUCAGGUUAAAGUGUUUUGUGUUAUUUGAAUUUCUAGAAUGGUAAAAAUACAUAUUUUGUUUUCUUUCUCUGUGGAUGGAAAAACAACAAACUAUAUCAGUCAGUACUAAGGUGUGGAUAAGGAAAUAUACCAUGGAUGUUUGUUAACUGAAAUAUACCACAGAUGUUUGUUAACUGAAAUAAACCACAGAUGUUUGCGAACUAAAAUAAACUACAGAUGUUUAUUAACUGAAAUAUUCCACAGAUGUUUCUUAACUGAAAUAUACCACAGAUGUUUGUUAUGUUUAAAAAUUGAAAUAUAUACAACAUGUUUCUUAACUGAAAUAUUCCACAUAUGUUUAUUAACAGGAACUGAAAUAUACUUGUGACAUAUUUUUAACUGAAAUAUUCAAUGGAAAUUUGUUGACUAGAUUUUUGUUACCUGAAAUAUAUCGUGGAUAUUUAUUCAUUGCUGUCCCAGAUGGUGUGUGGGAAAAUGUUGCUAACCUAUACGUGUUUAACGAAAGGACAUUAUGCAACGUUUUUCUGUAGAUUAUCCCUAUGCCACUGAUCUCCCUAGUCCACCAGACUGGGGCAAAAAACAUUCGUCUCAAUUUCCAACCAAAUAUUCCCAGCUACCUUCCAUCGCAUCGCCCACCCCUGCCGUAGACAAGCAGGUGGUUCCGUUUAAUGGCCCCGGGGUGCAGAAGUCCGCCAUGGGUGGGCUUCGGACGGGUAGCGACAUGCACGAUGCCCAGGACCGGGUGCAGUUCCUGGAGUCGCGGCUAGGCGUGACGGAGAAGUCGAACCGCACCCUGCUGGAGGAGGUGUUGCGGCUGCAGAAUGAGCUGCGCGUGAAUGUCCACCGCAAUGAGGCCACGCUGCGGGAGGAGCGGUCGGCACGGCACACACUGGAGACGUCCCUCAAGAUGUGCAACGACCUCAUCAUGCAGCUGUCGGCGCGGAUCAAGGCCACAGAGGAGAAGAUUCUCGACGAGAAGUCAGCGCUGUCAUCGCUCGUCGGUCACACAAAGGGGGUGGAGCAGGCAGUCGUCGCCAGUCAGCAGGAACUCAAGGCCAGGAAAGAUGCGCAGGCUGCAAAGUUAUCCGAUCUUGAGACAAAACUGCAAGAAACACUUCGAGCCAAAGAGCAGCUUGAGAAGACGAUGUACACGUUGAUGGAUGAACUGCGAUCGGUCCGCAACAAGGUGGAUUCUCAGACCUCCGAGUUUCUGUCGGCAACCAACGAGCUGAAGCUGAGGUCCAAGAGACUGGAGGAAGAAAACAGACUGCAGAUGGACUCGCUGCGGAAACAAGGUGACAUUCAGUCUCACGCUGAACAUGGUGUAGCACACCUUCGGUCACAGGUUGAAACAAGAUUGUCUGAACUUAGGGAAGUUAUUUUGGAUAUCCGCUCGAAGCAGGAUCAAGAGUCAACAGAGAGACGGUCUUUAGAACAACAACUGCAGUUUAAGGCUAAUGAGCUCCACCAGGCCAUUGGAGAACAGAAUCGUAAGCGCGAGGAGUCGAUGCACGCUCUCGACAUGAUAGCCAGGGAGAGGGAACACGUGGCUGAGGGCGAGAGACUCAAACUGCAGGCCCAGCUAGCUGAGACUAUAGAAGACGUGAACAAGAAAAUACUGACGAAGGAAAUCAAACUGAGAGAGGAGAUUCAAGACAAAAGUUUACAGCUUGAAAAGACGAUUCAACUGGAGCAGCAGUCACGCACGGACUAUGAGCGCAGAGUGCGAGACGAGAAUGAGAAACGCUGGGCCGCUCUGAAAAAAAUGACGGAUGACGAGGUCAUUGCAAUCAAAGAUACAAUAAAGGACUUAACACAGACUGAUCGCACAAAGAACAAAGAGGCCUUUCUGAAGCUAGACGCUGCCAUUACGCUGUUGGAACAACAACUGCAGGAAAACAGGAAACAGGUGGACAAAGUCAUUGCUGCCGAGAUCAAGUCUAGAAAAAUUCACGAGAAAACAACGGCCGAGAAGAUCGAUGACGUACAGGAGAAGCUGCAGGUUGCGACGUCCACUCUACAACAGGCCAUCAACGGGAUCACCUCGCAGGUGGCCUCCAACACAGAUAAGCUGAAGAGAGAAGUCAAGAGCAUGAUGUCCGAAUCAGGCCAGGCAUCAGCUCGAGCUAUGACUGACAUGGAUAUGAAGUUGGAAGGUGUGAAGACUAAACUAUCAACGAUUGAGACACUUGUGGACGAUAAAGUGGCUGAGAUGUUUCGGUUCACAAAUCCUGAGAGCCAGGACCUUGAUGAGGCCCAAGUGAGUCUGUCUCAGAAUCUCCGUGACAAGGUGGACUCCAUCUCACUGUGGCAGGACUCGACCAAUGAGAAGAUCCAUCAGGUGAACAUGACCAUGCAGCAGUUCCCCAAUGAUAUUGAUGCACUUGAAGAGCGUUACAAAGUGCUCAAGGCGGAGAUGGACUCUCGCGUUGGAUCAGAAGCAGAAAGCAGAAUUCGAGAUGUUGAAAACUUGAAGCAAGACAUCAAUGCCCUGAGGAUGAGAAGACAGCCUCAAGGUGUUUCACCUGAAGAGAUGAUGUCUGAUGAAAGUAUGAUAUUGCUUCAGCAAAAUGUCCGCAAGCUUGCAGAAUCAAUUCAAACUGUGAAGACCGUUCUUGGCAUGAAAAUUCAAUCAGAGCAAAAACUGCGCCUGGAGGAGGUGAUUGAUCUGAAGGAUGAGGUUGCUAAGCUACGAUCUCUGAUAGAGCCUCUUGUUCACAAUCCUGAGCCCCGCCUGUUCGUGAAGAAUCCUGAUGAAAAGGAUCGCAGCAAAGCAGAAGAAGAUGCUCCUGAUGUCAAUAAAUGGGGAUUGUACAAUUCCUACAGAUGGCUAACAUGGAAAUCAAAGUUGAUGUAUUUCAAAUGGAAGAAAUCCUCGCGGAAAAAUCAGAGGAAUCCUAGUCGGGCAGCAAACAGUCGAAGAAACAGCCAGGGAAACAGUCGGCCCAACAGUCGGCCUAACAGUCAACCAUCCCGGGCUGGUGGUGAUGCUCCUCCAGCUGGGACAAGUUAAUACACGGACCUGAUCUGCCUCUACUUGUGUUAAAUAACAGUUCUAGUAAUAUCUCGUAUACUGCACUCUGGCAAAGUCCACUUCUGUAGUGUUGGUGUAAGGUGGUUAAGUUAAUUAGUGCUAUCUUUUUAUUUAUUUUUUGGUGUGAAAAACAUGUAUUUCAGUUUUCAUAAAUUAGAAAUUGGUCAAUAGGCAAUGUGAUCUGUGCCUUGCAAUAUUGUCCAUGUUUGGGGGGGGGGGGGGUGGGGUGGUUGGUGGUGUAGAUUUAACAGUUUUGUUGAUACUAUAAUAACAUCAUAUCACAACAAGAAUCAACUUUCUUUUGUUUUAUCCAGGUUGUGAUGUUUUGGAAUCACUAAUUUGUUUUUGUGUUAUAAAAAUAUUUUCAGUUUAUCAUCAAAUAUGUGGGGUUUUGGUAUGUGGGGAUUAUUUUUAUUUUUUUCUCUUCCAAAUUUUCUUUUUCAUUGUACAUGGCACUGAACUAAAAUCCAUUGAAACUUCAAUUCUUACACCUUACACUGACCAGUAUGCCGUGUUAGGUAUUGUACAUGUUUUUGAUAUAUGCAUGUUAAAUUUUAUACUACUUGUAAACCUGUGAUAGUGCUUGCAAAAAGAAAUAUACAUAUACCUGUAUAUUAAAUUUUAAAAAUAAAUUUUAUUAAAGCUUGUCUGUGAUAUUUAUCCAAAUUCAGUUGUACACUACUUUUGUCAUUUUAUUACUUCUUGGAAUUUUUUUUAGUGAUUAUUCAGAAUUUCCUUCUUUUUUUAAAAUUUAAUUUGCAAAAAUAUGUUAUGCAGACCUGUACAACAUUAAAUCAAAAUUAAUGUCACUCUCUAUGCACUUAUCUGCUUAUAUGUUUAUCUUGCAUUAUAAUCGAUUGAUGACACUGGGUACAUUCCAUUUGGUUUAUUUUAUUUUUUUAUUACCAUAAUACUUUUGUUCAUUUGUUUUUCAGCUCACUAAAAUUUUGUGUUGCAAAAUGCAAAAUUUGUAAGUACAAACAUAAUUAUAUGUACGUAUUUAUGUAUUAAGAUGAAUUGUUGAUGCAAAGUAUUUCAUUUUGCAAACAGUUUGUAUUGGAGGAUACAGUAUCUAAUGUCUGUAAGAGUUAUUUCCCUUUGCCAUCAUAUUAGACAUUUACUUUAUGAACUUCCCCAUGAUCCUUAAGAGUGAAGUCUUAUUUUCAUCAUUAUUUUUACAAUGUGCUGUGCAUUCUUAUCAUUUAUAAUUGCAUUACAGUAAUAAUUAUGCAUUUAAAAUAAGGCUAAAAAGCACUAAUUAAAUUGGAUUAAACAUAUGUUUGAAAAUACACAGGAGAUCAUUGGUUGUUAGGUGUCUUCUUAAAUAUCGAAGGGCAACCUUACUGGUGUAUUAAAUACUAAACGAACUGAUUUAAAGGUGUUUUUCCAAAAUAAUGUAACAGGGAGGUAACCUUUUUGUUGGUUGAAAUUCUCAUUAAUUAAUAUGCAAUUUAAUUCAGUUUCAUGCACUUACUUAAACAUAUGCAAAUAUCAUUUAAUCUGUGUUAGAUUAAUAAACAUAAAUCAUCUCUAAUGUUAUAUGUAGUUGUGCAUUUAUUUGUUUAUAAUAUUAGGGUCUUAUACUAUAAAAUGUAACCGUCAUAUUUGUAGACUAAUCAGUAAUAUAUUUGGCAAUAUCAUAUCUAUGUAUUUAUAGCAAUUGCAAAACAUAUUUGUUUGUUCAUUGUUUGUAAAAUGUGUCAUUCUAUUAUUUAACAUAAAAUAUAUACUCAACAAAAUUAGUUAAAGGCUACUACAUAUUUUUGGCAUUUUUACUUUAAAAAUUAUUCAUAAAAAUAAACUUCUUCUAUUGUAACAUGUGAAUGUUGUGACAUGUUCUCAAACUUAAUAACAAAAUGACAAAUAUCAUGACCAACUAACAUGUAACAAAUCCUAGAUGAAUACACAUUUUUGGUAGUUUUCAUAAAUCACCAAAAACUAAAACUUUGCAAGAUUUUUGCAUAUAUUAUAUUGGAUCAAAUUUUACUGAAACAAUGUUUAAAAGUUUAAAUAUAAUAUAUGCACCAAAAACAAAAACUAUGCAAAAAUGUUUGCAUAUAUUAUGGAUCAAAUUUUACUGACACAAUAUUUAAAAGUUAUCUGUUAUCAAAUGUUGCCAAAAUAAUACAGCUCUAGCAAAGAAUUGCCAAGUCUAUUGGCCCGUAAGUAAUUAAUUAAUUUUGUUUAGUAUAUAUUACCUAUAUUAAAAUAUACUUCAUUUUGUUAAUGUAAUGUUAAUUUUGUUUGAAAUUAAAAGUAAACCAAGGGAUUAUGGUUGGCAGUCUCAGGUUGUUUUCCUAAAACAUUUUGUGCCUUGUGUAUUAAUUAUUAAGAGAAGAGAGGAUAUUAAAUUCUUUUUCCUUUUAUUUUAUUUGUGUCAGUACUAAAAUUAGUUAUGGUUGAGCUGUUUUAAUCAUAUGUACCAUUUUUAAGCAUGAAGAAUGCUGAUGUGACAUUUUAAUAUAAAUAUCUUAUUUUUAUUUUUGCAUUAUGCAUUUAAAAUCAGUUUAAUCUUGCAAUAGCUUUUAAUUUAUUAUGCAUUUUGAAAUUGUAUCAGUGCUGAAAGCAGUGCCUUUUCUUUCCAACUUAUAUCAGUGUUACUGUAUAUUUGAAUAUCACUUAUUUUUGCACUCCCAUAAUUAACACACUUGAGUGUUUACAUAUUUUUAGUACAUUGUAUUUUGUCAAACCAGUUGGUUUCUAGUUUAAAAAUAUUGGUACAAGUGGAGCUGAAAACAAAUUAUGUUUGUUAAAGCUGCAGUCUCUUAUUUCUCAUCCUAUAAUAUGUUUUACUAAUGCAAAAUACAAAAUGAACUGCAGUUUUAAUAAUAGUCCAGCUUUCUUCAAAAUGUAACGGACAAAGUAUUUAAUUUCCGUACGCAUAUAAAUAUCAACACAGCCGAGUAGUCUCCCUUGACCUAUGAGCUAUGCAAAUAACCAACACAGUAAACCGUAAUUACAUUAAAAACAAGUUAUUUUGCAAUGGCUGCAAUAACUACCAAUAAGUCUCAAGUCCCACCACCAUUUUUGACACAAAAAGCUAAACAGUGAAUUAUUUGUAAUUGUUAUACUGAACAGUGGCUUUUUCUCAAGCAGUCAUUGUCAAGUUCAUAUUAAGAGCAUUUGAGUGUGAUUUUAAUCUAAUGGAAAUCUAAGAAGAGCAUAUGGGCAAUUAAAAAAAUAAUAAAUCUAUUCUUAAUGAUUAAAUAUUAAAAAUCUGGAGGCUGCAGCUUUAAAUUAAUAUAUUUUUGUUAUUUGAAGUAUUUUAAUUACAUGUUUUACUUUAAUUUAUUUACUUAAUAUUUGUGAUAUGAAAAAUUGUUCUAAUUAUGCAACAAUAUUGUGUGUUUCUGUUAUUGUUUUGUUGGGUUUUAAAACUUUAUUAUGCUGAUUUUUGCCAUAAACAAACUCAAAUCACUAGACUAUGAUAAAUCUUGCCAGUUGCCACAAAAAUAAUUGUAAUUACAGGCCAGCCAAUUCAAUAAUUGUUGUGAAAAUUCUACAUUAGGAUUUAGUUUAUCAUCUGCUAUAACAUAUAAUAAUGCAACCAACACAUAACAUUGUCCAAACAAAGUAUAGUAAAUAACACAUUACAAAAACUACAUCUUAUGUACCCUGUGGUAUUGAUGAAAUGUUAUAUCUCAUAAUAUUUAACUUUUUUAUUUAUGUUUCUCAUCAAAUGAUGCUUUUUUUCUUUUUUUUAAAUCAGUACUUACUGUUUUGUUUUAUGUUUAUUUUAUGAUUUUUCUGUGUAAUGCUAACUCUGAAAAGUGAAGACCGAUAAAAUGUUUUAUUUUGGUGAAGUCAUUUUGUUUUUAAUAUUUUUCUCCCAAUGCUAAUAAUUGCCAAUAAUACUAAAAUGUUUUUCUUUUCUUUUUGCAUUCCAAGGCAUCAGGCUGUUUUAUAUUGUCUUGCUAUGUAUACAUCUUUUUAAAGAUGCAACUAACAUAAAAAAAAUUUUUUUAAUUGUCAUAAUAAUAUUUGUGGUAGUUGUUUAGAGAGUUUAAUCCAUAUUACACAUUUGUGUUGUUUGCUUGUUGCUAACCAUUGUGUUUGUAGCCUGAAAACCAAGUCAGUGAGAUUCAGUCAUUCUCUUUGUAAUGGAAUUAUAAUAACAAACAAACAACUGUUUAUUCUUAUUAAUGAUGCAGUACCGGUAUUUUAGAUGUGUCAAGUAAAUAUCAAACAAGACCGAGUUAAUAAUCAAAGUUAGUAAUAACUAAUAUUACUACUAUAUCAUCCUAAAAGUUGCAAAAUAUUUUAUAAAAUUUGAGAUGUCACAAUGACAUAAGUAUAAAACUACACAAACUUGUGAAUUUAUAUUGCAAAGUUGUGAAAUACAGGUAGGUGGGGUGGGUUUUUUGUUUUGUUGUUUUGGGGGGUUGGAGUGUAGAUUCAGUUAUAAUAAAUAUAAUUAUUUGAACUAGUGUGCCUUGUUCAAAAUAAAUUAUUUGAAACUAAAAUAAAUUAUUUUUAAAAUGCCAGAUAAAUAAAAAAAACAUUAUUAGUUCAUGUUUUGUAAUUUCUGUAGACUAGCGAGUAACACUUUCACCACUAAAUCUUUCAUUUAUUUAAUUUCAGAAUGUAAACAUUAUUUUUGUGUAAAACCGCCGUCUUAUAAACAUUUGAAAUUCAAUAAUCCCCAACUAUAAAAGCUUUACUAUCAAUUUUAUUGAAAUAUUAAAUUAUUAACUAAUCUUGAAUUAUUAUGUGGUCACAUAUUAUGUUAGUCUACCCCUAAUAACAAACCUUUUAUCUAAUUUAGCUUGUUUUCUCAUAAAAUAAAAGUAGGAUCUGUAUUUGAAUUAAAAUUGGGAUAAAACGUCAUUAUUUCAGUUUUUAGCUUAAGUAUGGGACUUUAGCAUGUGACAAUGAUAAUACAAAAACUAUAAUUUUUAUCAAAGAAAGUUCCUAGGCUAGGCUUGUAUCGUACUUUUGAAUCUUUCAAUUGUCAUUGAAUCAGAUGCAUCAUUACUGUGGUUAUGGGCUUGUGUUUUUGUUGGUGUAAACUCCUCUCAUUAAUUGUUAGCAGACACAAUACACUGCUGGUGAUCGGUUGUAUCCGUCCAUUUUGAAAGCAUCUUUUAAGUUUAUGGUCCUACUGCUGUUAUAUAUUGUCUGUAAUGAUAUUUGUAUAUUUUAAUAUAUAUUAUAAUUAUAUAUAUCAAUUUUGUUUCUGAAUGAAAUUUGUUUUUGUUAAAUAAAAUUGUGUUGUCAUCA